UCACUUAAACGUACAGAACCGCAGCAUGUAGUUCGGUGUGUGAACUUUAACAUCUUUAACAUGACACUCUUUCUGCAUUGUAAUGCACAUAUAAGGGCAUUUAAAGGUGAGGAGAAAAAACUUCAGUCAGGCUGCAGGAGGGCGUACAUGGCGCGUGAAGUGACGUCAUCAGGCUUUCCUGGGGCCAUUGAGCAGCGCCGCGUACGGGAACUGCAGUUUUCCUCAUAAUUUCACGUUUUGUUUUUCUUUUUUUUUUCCCCCCCACUCGUCGCUCUUUCUCCUGUUCAUAACACGCACAGCCUGUAAGGUGUCAUAUCCAUCUGCAGAGGUUUGUCACAGAUUAGCUGGCUCUGGGCUUUUCUCUCCCAAAAGUGGGGAACAUCACAGACGUCAAGCCAACUCUCUGUGAGUACUAAAUCUAUAACUUGAAACUCAAGCAUGGGGAAGCAGAACAGCAAGCUGCGGCCAGAGGUGAUGCAGGACCUGCUGGAAAGCACAGAUUUCACCGAGCACGAGAUCCAGGAGUGGUACAAGGGCUUCUUGCGGGACUGCCCCAGUGGCCACCUAUCUAUGGACGAGUUCAAGAAGAUCUAUGGCAACUUUUUCCCCUAUGGAGAUGCCUCAAAAUUUGCUGAGCAUGUGUUCCGCACCUUCGACGCCAAUGGCGAUGGCACUAUAGACUUUAGGGAGUUUAUCAUUGCACUCAGCGUCACGUCACGAGGAAAGCUGGAGCAGAAGUUGAAAUGGGCUUUCAGCAUGUAUGACCUGGAUGGGAAUGGAUAUAUUAGUAAGGCAGAGAUGCUGGAAAUUGUGCAGGCUAUUUAUAAAAUGGUUUCGUCAGUAAUGAAGAUGCCAGAGGAUGAGUCUACACCAGAGAAAAGAACAGAAAAGAUCUUUAGACAGAUGGACACCAACCGAGAUGGUAAGCUGUCUCUGGAGGAGUUCAUUAAAGGAGCGAAGAGUGACCCGUCCAUCGUGCGUCUGUUGCAGUGUGACCCCAGCAGUGCAGGACAGUUCUAAAAGCAGCACCCACCACUUCCUCCUCCUCCAUUUUAUUUAUUUAUGGUUUUUAUUUCAGUCUUUGAUACCAUAAUAAUGGGACAUGACAGGGCCUAUUUAUACGGGUCUGUAUCCCAUCAAACUGAGCUUCACCAGAUAUAGGCACCAGAUAUAGGCACCACACACACACACACACAUACAACUGCCCCCGCCCCUUCCUGCUUACAACUUUCUGUGACGCACACAUCACACACAUCCUUACUUGCUGUGCUCUCUCUGUGAGAAUUUCUGAUCUGAAUUAGGGGAUAUCUCUGGGCUCAGCUAUGUAACUUGGACUGCCUGAUAGAAGCACAUGUUUUAUUCAUGCAGCAUGAGGAGUUUAGAUAUUUUGGUCAAAUAAAAUGUGAACAGAAGAUGGAGAGCUUGACAUGCAUAAUGGAGAAGUGAAGCACUGUGGAAGAAGAGGUUUGGAGGCCUACUUGUGUUCUUUAUUUUAAUAGGACAGCUUGACCGCACUGUCAAGUGUCCAGCAGUAUUGCAACAAGAAGACCCAGCUAUAAAUUUCUCACCUUUAGUUUUUGACCAGCAGUGAUUAACAACACAUCCUCACCAGAUGCCUUUUUACAUGAUUCAGUACUAGCACCAAACAGAUGCAGUUAAAUAGAUUGGUAGUGUAGAGUUUUUUUUUUUUUUUUUUAUAAAGGCCAACUAAUAUUUGUAAAUUCAUGCAGUUUUUUGUCCCUGAUUUAGUAUUGGCCUGCCUGAAAGGUUCUGGAUCAUCACUCUGAAUAUGCACAUAUCCUUGGCAGAGCCUUACAAUUUGGUUUAGCUUUUUAGCAUUUCAGAGGAAAUUAAUUUUCAGUAAUGACUGUUCCAGGAUCUACCCUUUUUAUUAUUAGCAUGUCAGUGUUAUUACUCUUGACAACAAAUAUGUCAACAUAAUUGUGCAGUAUGUACACUACACUUUUCCCAAAUCCCAAUAAACAUUAGAACUGUUAGAACUGUUACAGGUGUUAGAAGUGCACUCAUUUUUCUCCCUUGUGCUGUAUUGCCUGAAGGAAAAGAAAUGAAGAAUUGUGGGACUUUUCUCUACUUUAAUAGGCCUGUAUAGCCUGUGAAAAAUUUUUUUUUUCUUCAAAUAACGAAACAGGCAUGCAUGCAGAACUAUCAAAUGACUAUUUUAAGAUGCAACAUCAUCUUGUUUUUAGUGUUUUCAGUGGAGCAUGUUAAAUAAAUUUUAACUGUAUAUGGAAGAGAAACUUUUGUGUUAUAUGUAUGCAUGCUGGUUUGUGUGUGUAUGUGUGUGGCUGUAGUAUGUCCUGGUACUGUUUGCUCACACUGUUCUCUGUGGUCUGUUGCUUUGUCCCAGAGAGCUUGUGAGCAGCCAAAACUCUAAUAUUUACAGUAGAAGACCUGAAGAUUUAUUGAUGUAAAAGUUAGUAUGAUGUACAUUGUAAAUCUAGUAUGAACUGUAGGUUGUAGAUAUGUAGACAUUGUCAGGUUACUGACCUGCCACACACAUACAUGUGCAAAUAGUUAUGUGUUUCUAUGGAUAACUGCUUUAUUGUUGCCAUGAUGCUUUUUACUAAUGUAAAUGCCUGUAAUGCUAAAACUUAAUCUAGAAUUAGCCACUUACUACUGGAAGAGUAUAGAACAAAUGAUCAGGGUCCAAUUUCCCAAAAGCGUUAGUGUGUUCAAUUCAUUCAUGAUAGAAAAGAUGUUUCUUAUUGAACUUGGUACAUUAAGAUGAUGUAUUAGUCUGGAAAUAUAGUAGCAUAACCUGUAUCUGAUGUAUCUUCUUUAAGGUUUAACAAUGUGGGAUCUGAUCUCAGUGACUACAUUUCUUCACCAUUAAACAAAUGAGUUGUUAUCGUAUAUAAAAAAUACAGUUUUAAAAUCAGAUACAGUUUUAAAUACAGUUUUAAAAUUAGUAAUAGUAUAGUUGUAUAGUUCCUGUCCUGCUUUCAGUGCGCUUGAUAAACACAUUGGAGCUCCAGAUGCAUUCUGUUGCUGCUGCUGUUUAUUGUAGGUUUUGAAUGUUAUUGGCUGCCACAGCAAAUUGUUAAAUGCCUUACUGCAGUAAUUCUCAAUUACAGUCUUGGGAACCCCACACACUUCACAUUUGAGCGUUUUCCUGCUCUAACACACCUGAAUCAGCUUAUAAAGGGCUUUGAUUUGGUUCAAGUGUAUUAUAGCUGGUGCUUCACAAAUAUGUGCAGAACAUGUGGUUCCCCAGAACUGCAGGUGAGAGCCGCUGCCUUGAUUUCAGUACUGCUAUAUUUUUCAUUUGAUAAAUUUUCAUUUCUUUACUUUCUAAAACUGCUGUUUUGUAAAGUUGGAAAAUGUUCAAACAUCACAACUACUGCAUCAAUUUACUCCAUGGUGUAUGCAUAUGUUUAAUUUUGUAUUUCUUCUUUUUAAGAAUCACGUAUUUCUAUAUCACAAUUUAUAUCAUGUGGUUAGGUGCCAAAUAUACAGAACCAGUAUUGUAUAAAUUUAUACUGUACAAUUGUUUGUCAAAAAGAACAUUUGUAUUUGUUGCAGUUGUUUGUUUUUUGUUUUUUGUUUGGUAGAUUUUGUAUGGUAACCUGUAUUUUGUGGCAGUGACAACUUGAGGCAUAGAAAUCUGUUUGUUAUACUAUAAAGCAAAAAUUAAAUUUAGGAAAUGAA